AGGAAAUUAACGUCUGCAACAAAAAUUUGAGAAAUCGCCAUUCUGUAGAAGCUUAACCACAACAAAACAGUUUACCAGCCAGUUGACCAUUUACUUGGUUAACUGUAACAGAAUAAUGGAAACUAAUGAUGUUAUAACAUUUCAUCAAUGCACUGUGUGUGAUGAGAUUUUUCAACAAUAUGAAGAUUUAGAAAAACACACAAAAAUACAUGUUAAAGAAGAGAAAACUGAUGAUGUAGAUAAAUAUUACCAUGUUAAAGAAAAGAAAACUGAUGAUCUUGAUGAAUAUUGUCAUGUUAAAGAAGAGAAAACUGAUAAUGUAGAUGAAUAUUGUCAUGUUAAAGAAGAGAAAACUGAUGAUAUUGAAACUGUUUAUCAGUGUAAUUUGUGUGAUGAAGAAUUUAGAUUAGAAUCUGAUUUAGAAAAACACUGUGAAGUACAUGUUAAACAAGAGAAGUCUGCUUUACAACAUAGAGGGAAAAUUGUUGAAUGUAAUGUUUGUAGUAAAUCAUUCUCCAGUAGGCUGACUUUGUUCCUCCACAAGAGAAUUCAUACUGGAGUGAGGCCUUAUAAAUGUGAUGUUUGUAGUAAAUCGUUCAUUCAGAGUAGUCACCUGAAGUCACACCUGAGAAUUCACACGGGUGAAAAACCUUUCAAAUGUAAUAUUUGUGAUAAAUCGUUAACUAAAAAGAAAAAUUUGGAAAAACACCUGAGAAUUCAUACAGGUGAAAAACCAUAUAAAUGUGAUGUUUGUGGUAAAUCAUUUACUAACAAUUCUCAUUUACAGUACCAUAUAAAACUUCAUACGGGAGAAACACCUUAUAAAUGUGAUGUUUGUAGUAAAUCAUUUAGUGAUCGUUGUCAUCUACGGAUACACAUGAGAAUUCAUACUGGCGAACGACCUUAUAAAUGCGAUGUUUGUGGUAAAUCAUUUGGACAGAAUGGAAAUCUUCAGAGCCAUGUGAGAAUUCAUACAGGUGAAAAACCUUAUAGAUGUGAUGUUUGUAGUAAAUCAUUUACUCGAAAUAAUGAUCUACGAAGACACAUAAGAAGUCAUUCACAAACGAAACUUAAUAAAUCUCAUAUUGUAGGGUCGGAUCAGUCUUUAUGAUGGAUAUUGAAAUGAAAUGAAAUGAAAUGGGGUUUAACGUCCUACUGUUCUGCUCAGACUAGGCUAAUGAAGACGGGCCCGGACAGUGGCACUAGGGCCUACUCUUAUAUCAAAUUCCAACUCUCAAGGGAUCUUUUACGUGCACACCAAUGUGUACACGGGACAUUGUUUGUUUUUUCCGUCCCAUCCGAACGACUAGACAGCUGUCCUUGUCAGGCCCCCCGUCCUGCAUCACUGACAAGGGGGAAACCAAUCAGGAUGAUGAAUAUGAGUUAAUGCUGAUCUUGCAUUGUUAGGGAUAAUAUAUAACUAAUUGCAGUUUAAUCGAUACUAUAAUAUGAUCCGACUGAUUAUUUAACAUUUUAUUAAAUGGUGGUGGUUCUGAUUUGCUUGUACCCAUGUUAUUAAAAUACAGAUCUAUAUAGUUCCGUACACCACUUGACUAACCACAAUACAACCACCUGGCACAGGUCACGAUGCAAUGAAAUACAAUUACUGUUUAAAACUGAGUGACGUUUUGACUAGGUUUACGUAGUCUUUAUAAUUACUGGACAUGGUGAAUAAAGCUUAAUAAUGUUGAGUGAUUACUCUUUGAAACGAAGUGGGGGUGGGGGAUGGCCCGAAUGGUUAGCACGUGCACCCUGUAUCAUAAGAUGUCAUUGAGUCAACUGGUGUGGUUUCGAUUCCCAAGUUGUACGUAACAAGGAGUAAAGUCACCUGUUCAACCUCGUCGGUUUUCUCUGGCUCCUCAGGUUUCCUCUGAGUGCUAAAGACCCCUACGUGCAAGUUAAACGUCCACUCGACACAAACAAGGUCACUUUGGGACAAAAAUAUGGUUAAAUUUUAUUUCAAUAAUUCGCUUGCGCAUAGGGGUCUUUAGCAGUGGGUAGAAACCGGAGGACCUGAAGAAAACCAUGAAGUUGGACAGGCGACCCUACUCCUUGUCACGUACAACCGGGGAAUCAAAACCACGCCAUUUGACAGAGAGAGAGUGAAAUGGGGUUUAACGUCCACUCGACACAAACUAGGUCAUUUCGGGACUAGCCAGUUGACAGACCUUGUGAUACAGCGUGCACGUGCUAAUCAUUCGGCUAUCCAGCCGCCCUAGUCUGUACAUGUAAAACCCAGCAUUAUAAAUGGUAAUUAAUAUAAACAUAAAAUAGUUUUUAAGGGUAAAAUGUUUUUUAAAAAUAUAAGUUUUCGGGUUUGAUUUAAAAAGGGGAAAUUUCGUAUAAGAUCUCAGAUCUAAGAGUAAAUUAUUCCACAGUUUAGGCGUGCCUCACAUUGGGCACAGUCGCCAUACUGUUGGGCGUUUUCUUCCCAUGUACUUUAAACUACUCCUAGUACGAUAUGCUGGUUUACAAACAUUAAAGAUACAUUACGGGAGAUUGGAUAACGAGUUGGCAGUUCUCACUAUAAUAAUUAAAAACUAGAUAACGU